GAGACUGCAAACAAGCCAGCAGCCUGUAUUAUGCCCAUGGUAACAAAGCAAGCGAAAUGGCAGAUGUAAACUCCAAGAGGGCAUCUCAGUUCUUGCAAAAAUGUAUUAAGCCAGAGGACAACGGAGGGGACGCACAACCCAAAGAGGAGAUAAUAGAAGAGCAGUCUCUCCCUGUUAUCACGCAAUCCUACCCUCAGACAGUGCAAGAGGAAAUAUCGAUGGUGUUCAACACCUACAACAUGGCAGCCAACCUCGGCCCAGCCUCCAGGAGAAAGAGGGAGAAAGGUGCAAAUCACGAUGGCACAAGCACCUCCCUCUAUGUUGACCGCCGCAAGUCCAAGGUGUGGAACUAUUACACCAAGCUGGGAGAUGCCUAUGUCGAGUGCAACGUGUGCAAGAAGCAGCUCUCCUUUCACAACAGCACCACCACCAUGCGGGAGCACCUGGUGAGGAAGCACAGCAUUCGCGACACUUUGCUCUCGCAGCUGAAGGAUGACCAGGCUUCCGAGUCUGACUGCAUGGCUCAGGAGAACAUGAUAAAGAGGUCCCGGCAGAUGACACCGGAAAACUACCUGUACCAUGCCGCGUCCUGCUCGGAACCAAGGACUGAUGUGAUUUUGGAACUGGUGCUUGAGAUGAUAUUCCGUGACCUCCAUCCUCUUUCCGUGGUGAAAGACAAGGGUUUUGGCCUCCUCAUUGGGUAUCUAGAGCCUAAUUUUACCCUCCCAUCUCCUAUUCAGCUCUCCAGCAUGCUGUGGCAUAGAUACAAUGUGGUGAAGCAGCACCUGGAGCGCUAUUUGCAAACAGCCCAGUCCAUAGUCAUCUGCGUGGAGUUCUGGGUGUCCCAGCCCAACCAGACAUACUUGACAAUCACGGCCAACUUCAUCGACGGGGAGUGGCGCCGGGCGAGAUGUAUCCUGGAAACCCAGCCAGUGCAUGAGACUAAAGGGGCAGGUGAUUUAGGAGAGAAGCUCUUCAGCAUCCUGACAGAGUUUGGGUUGUCGAACAAGUCCAUUUUCUGCGUGAUGCACGACAGCCUGCAGAACACAGUGAUGAAUUCGCAGCCGCUCAAGAGGGCUUAUGGCUGGAGCAGCCUGUGCUGUGCUGCCCACACUCUGCACCUGUGCAUCAAGGCAGGGCUGGAGGUUGAGCAGGUGCAAGAGGCUCUGACUGCUGCCCGGGGCAUCGUGAGCUACUUCCAACAGGAUGCGAAAGCCACCUGCUCGCUGAACAGCAAGCUGGAAGCGAUCAACAAGACCAAGUUGAAGCUGGUGAUGGAUGUGGGAUCUCGCUGGAUAACUACCAUUGAGAUGUGCGAGAGCCUCCUGGACCUCAAAUGGGCGAUCAUGUCCCUGCUGGAGGAACAUCCCAAAGGGACGUUGGCUGUGCAAAACUUAGCUGACCACCAGUGGAAGCUCUUGCAGGACCUGGUGCCAGUCAUGAGGACGAUUAAGAUCGCGACAUCAUUCUUGCGUGAGGAGCAGAACAUCUCCAUCUCUUCUCUGAUGCCUUGCAUCCAUGGUAUCGUCACUGCCAUUGGGCAGCAGUUAGAAGAGUCCAGCGAUGUCAUCAAGAUGGUGGUAACCAAUAUAAGGUCAGAGCUGAUGCAGCGCUGGAGUAUAUCAGAGGAUGAGAAGGUGCUGGAAAGCCCUGCGAUUAUUGCCUCGUUUCUAGACCCUCGUUUCAAGGAGAUGAGGUUCCUGAGUCCCAACCUGAGGAGUGAGCUGCAUAAGAGAGUCAAAAAUAUGCUAUCAGAGGUCUUCAACCACCAGUCCCCACCUUCUACCCAGUUCUGGGUGCCGAACUCAGAUUACAAAGCAGAGGUAGGAGAAGCAGGGGUCCAGCUGUCUGCUCAUAAAGACAGAAUCCCCAGUGGCCAGUCCCAGAGCAUGUAUGACAUCCUUUUGGGGAAAGAUCCAACGGAGAGCAUGCCUGAAAUCCAUCAGCAACUGGAGAACUACAUCGUGGAACCUCUCUGCAAACGCAGCACCAACCCACUGGACUGGUGGAAAACCAAUGAGCACCGCUUCCCCGCCGUGGCGAGAUUAGGCAGGCAGUACCUUGCCAUACCAGCCACUGUUGUGCUGCCAGACCAGGCCUUUGCUGCCAACGAGAGCACCCUGGAGCAUCGGAGAGCAGUCCUCACUCCUGAAAAUCUGGACCAGAUUCUGUUCUUGCACCAAAAUUUUGAUUUUUUAGAAUCAAUGAGAAACAGUAAUGAGAUGCGGGGCAGAAAUCUGCAUGCCCAGUACUAAAAUGCAGUGGGGGUGGGGCUGAGUACAGAGGUGAUGUGUAACAGUGUUUAACGCUUCCCUACCUUCUCGGUGGGAUUUUGCCUAACUUCAUUCCCAUUGAAAUUAUCCUUUGAUGUCAAUAGAAGCAGAGUUAAGCCAAUGCUGAGUGUUUUCAAAAUCCUCCCUACAUGUACAACACUGGUUUUGUAACCACUUUGUGAUAGUUUCAUCCAACUCAAAUACAAUAUAAUUCCAGAGCCGAAAGAAAAUGUUAAGUUCUACCAGUUUGGACUUCUUAGCAUCACCUCUGAAUUUGGCCCUGGGGCGUGCUAGUAAAAUCCUAAAGGAUAUACAAAUUCUCAUUGUAGCAAUCUUUUUACAAAACAAAGGUCAAAUAUAUUAAUAUAUGUAAAUGUUAAGACUAUUCACUGCUGCAUGGAUCCUACUACUACAUAGUCAAAAGCUGUGAGUUUUUAUGAAACAGGCCACUGUCCACUAUUUUGAGAUGUUAUUUAAGUUGCACUGAUAAAAGUUUCAGUCCUCAGAGCUACUCUCCUCUUCUCCAACGGGUUGUUCCUGGUAAGAGAGAGAAGCAGCUGGAAGUUGUUCCCGUAGGGAUGGGUCACUAGACUGGAAGACAGACCCUGUCUGUUGCCAGUUUUCAGAGGGUAUGCAUCAAGGCAGGGCUGGAGGUUGAGCAGGUGCAAGAGGCUCUGACUGCUGCCCGGGGCAUCGUGAGCUACUUAGCAAUGGGUCACUAGACUGGAAGACAGACCCUGUCUGUUGCCAGUUUUCAGAGGGUAUGCAUGGCUUGGUUGAGAGGAGAGAGAGCAGAAAACCUCCCACAUAAAGGGCCAGAGCCUCAGCUGGUACAAUACAUCAAUGGAGCUUUGCUGAUUUACAUCAGCUGAUGACCUGGCCCAUAAACUUGAAUCUUCACUCACACACCAGUUGUAAAGCCAUGUAACCCUGUCUUCAGUGGAGAUACUCCCGACUUACACUGGUCUCAGUGGCUGAAGAAUUGGAUCAUACUAAUUUUGCAUCAGUUUAAUUAACUUAGUUUAAACUGGUUUAUAUCAAUUUAAUUUGCGUUCGUAAAUUUACAGGCACAAGCUAAAUCAAUACGACCAGUUUUAAAUCAGUACAAGGGUAUCCACAGUGUUUGCACAUUUUUUAGUUAAACCAGUGAAACUUGUAUGUAGACAAGGCUUGGGUGAGUGACAGGCUUCCAAGUGAAGAGCACCUUGAGAUGAAUGGAGGCACUGUUCGAGGCCUUCUCUCUGCAUGCUCAGAAGACAGCUGGUCAUAUUUUGCAGUUGUAAGGCUAGAAAGCUUUCUUUAAUUGUAGCAGGGUAGUCACCCUGCUCCUGCCCUGAAGGGCUUAAAACAGCCCUGGGAGAGGGCUGCAGCGGGGGAAAUGUUAGGCUGAUUGGGGGAAGCAGCCACAGCUGGGGCCACGCCCCAGUCAGGCCACAGCUGGCCCUAUAAGAGGGCUGAGGGCCAGAGAGUGAAACACAAACACUCUCUCUCUAGCUUCCCUGAGAGAGAAGGACCUGGCUGCCUGGGAAGCUUAGGCAGAUACUUAGGGUGCAGAAGUGCUGAGGAAGGGCAGAAGGAGCUGGGGAGCUCCAGUCUAGCAAAGCCCCAGGCUGCAGGCCGAGUUAAGGACACAAAAGGGUACAAGGGCUGCAGAGGGGUGGCCCAGGAAUAGGCAGAGGCAGCUGGUCCAACUCCUCUUGCCGAUGAUGAGUGGUUUACAGACUGCAGUCCACCCCAGUGAGCGGGGGCUAGAUGGUGACUGGCAGUAGCCACUGAGGCAAGGUGGGGAUAGGGGGUUGGGGGUUCCCCUAGGUGGGGAGACCCAGAUUGUGGGUUGCUGCGGUGGGCAGAAUCCCUGGACAAAGAGCACUGGGGUCCGGGAGGGACACGGGGGCGAGCAGCAGGCGAGACAUCAGCCGGCAGAGGGCACUCCAGAGCUGGAAAAGAGCUAAUUUCCUGGACAACCAGCAGGAGGCGCUGCACUGGUGAGUCUUUGCCCCGCCACAUUAAUCUUUAACUUUUUUAAAAAAAAUAACACCUUAAAUUCUGCAGAAGCUAAUGGACAAACGUCCAGGGAAACUGUCCUACUUGCCAUGGGUGAGUAUGUUUGUCAAGCCCUUGACCUGAACAUUGCUGCUUUAGUAAGAGGCUCUACAAGAGCAUUUUGACUAGUGUGAGGAAGGAUUUCAUCAUCCAACCUCGCAAAACAGCCACCAACCCAGCAACAAAAUCUGUUUUCCAGUUCUUGCAUAAUGAUGGGGGGGAACCCUAGUUAUAUUUGACUUGCUGUUCAAGCAAAAGAAAUCCAAUAACAAUUUAACUUUGCAGUUUUGCAAUAUUGUAUUGCUUCUGCAAACAAAGGGAUAGACAAAACCGGUGCAGUAAUUUAUGACUUGCUAUGGUGCUUUAACAUAUUCUGGGAUAUUAACAGUGGGACUGCUAGACAGCUGAUAAGAUUUAUGACAGAUCAAACAGACUGUUAGUUCUGUUGCUGGAUCUUGUGCUGCUCUCAUCACUGUAGUAUCUGAGUGUCUUCCAGUGAUAAAAUAAACAAGGGACUGACAUGUCAUGUGUGGCUCUCAUUCCAUUACUCUCCCCUGGGGGAAAACUGCAUGUGACUAAAAAUAAAAGGAAG